GGAUUCGAGGAGAAGCGAGGUAGGAAGGCAGUGGUGGGAAGGAGGAAAGAAAAAAAAAAAAAAAGGAAGGAGCUUCCUGCCCAGGCUCACUCUCCCUAGAGCAGAGAAGUUGGAAGCUGAGCUGUGUGGGGAGGAGUGUUGAUAGCGGCAGAAGUGGUACGCUCCUCCGCUCGCCCUCUAGCGCGGGCGGGCAGGACGCGCGCGCGCUAGGGAGCGGCGGUUGCACUGGGCCCCCAGAGCUGUGGGCACCAAUCAACGGUUGCCAUAGCAGCGUUUGACGUCAUCGUGCGUGUGGUGCCCCUGCUGUCGGGGCUGGUGAUUGGAGGAAACCCCGUGUCUGCGGAGCCGCUGUAGCCUGUGAGCAGCGAGUUCCACGGACAGAGUCUCAGCCUCGCCGCUGCCGCCCAGAGACUGCUGAGUCCCGUCCGUCUGCCGCCACCCACUCCGGACACAGAACAUCCAGUCAUGGAUAAAAAUGAGCUGGUGCAGAAGGCCAAACUGGCCGAGCAGGCUGAGCGAUAUGAUGACAUGGCAGCCUGCAUGAAGUCUGUAACUGAGCAAGGAGCUGAAUUAUCCAAUGAGGAGAGGAAUCUUCUCUCAGUUGCUUAUAAAAAUGUUGUAGGAGCCCGUAGGUCAUCUUGGAGGGUCGUCUCAAGUAUUGAGCAAAAGACGGAAGGUGCUGAGAAAAAACAGCAGAUGGCUCGAGAAUACAGAGAGAAAAUUGAGACCGAGCUAAGAGAUAUCUGCAAUGAUGUACUGUCUCUUUUGGAAAAGUUUUUGAUCCCCAAUGCUUCACAAGCAGAGAGCAAAGUCUUCUAUUUGAAAAUGAAAGGAGACUACUACCGUUACUUGGCCGAGGUUGCUGCUGGUGAUGACAAGAAAGGGAUUGUGGAUCAGUCACAACAAGCAUACCAAGAAGCUUUUGAGAUCAGCAAAAAGGAAAUGCAACCAACACAUCCUAUCAGACUGGGUCUGGCCCUUAACUUCUCUGUGUUCUAUUACGAAAUUCUGAACUCCCCGGAGAAAGCUUGCUCUCUUGCAAAGACAGCUUUUGAUGAAGCCAUUGCUGAACUUGAUACAUUAAGUGAAGAGUCAUACAAAGACAGCACGCUAAUAAUGCAAUUACUGAGAGACAACUUGACAUUGUGGACAUCGGACACCCAGGGAGACGAAGCUGAAGCAGGAGAAGGAGGGGAAAAUUAACCGGCCUUCCAACUUUUGUCUGCCUCAUUCUAAAAUUUACACAGUAGACCAUUUGUCAUCCAUGCUGUCCCACAAAUAGUUUUUUGUUUACGAUUUAUGACAGGUUUAUGUUACUUCUAUUUGAAUUUCUAUAUUGCCCAUGUGGUUUUUAUGUUGAAUAUUAGGGGAGUAGAGCCAGUUAACAUUAGGGAGUUAUCUGUUUUCAUCUUGAGGUGGCCAAUAUGGGGAUGUGGAAUUUUUAUACUAGUUAUAAAUGUUCGGCAUAGUACUUUUGGUACAUUGUGGCUUCACGAGGGCCAGUGUUAAAACCGCUUCCAUGUCUAAGCAAAGAAAACUGCCUACAUAUUGGUGUGUCCUGGUGGGGAAUAAAAGGGAUAAUUGGUUCCAGAUACAGGUGUAGUUUUUGUGGGUACUGUAAGGUUUGGGGCACUUACAAGGCUGUGGUAGAAAUGGGUAUUCUGUAGAUACCACAUACUGAACCAUGAGUAUCUGUGGAAAACACAUUCUCAAUGUGCACACCUUUGACUACAGUUGCAGGAGUGUUCCUUUAGUUGUGACCCAAUUUACUCUGGAUAAGGGCAGAAACGGUUCACAUUCCAUUAUUUGUAAAGUUACCUGCUGUUUGCUUUCAUUAUUUUUGCUACACUCCUUUUAUUUGUAUUUAAAUGUUUUAGGCAACCUAAGAACAAAUGUACAAGUAAAGAUGCAGUAAAAAUGAAUUGCUUGAUAUCCACUUUAUGUAUAUCAAGCACAGCAGCAAAAUAAAAAUCCCAUGUAUUUAACUUUUUUUUUUUUUUUUUUUUGGUUUUUGGUUUUGUUUGGGUUUUUUUUGUUUUUGUUUUGGGGUUUUUUUUGUUUUUGGGGGGUUUUUUGCUUUUGUGAUUUUUUUUUUUUUUUUUUGAUACUUGCCUAACAUGCAUGUGCUGUAAAAAUAGUUAACAGGGAAAUAACUUGAGAUGAUGGCUAGCUUUGUUUAAUGUCUUAUGAAAUUUUCAUGAACAAUCCAAGCAUAAUUGUUAAGAACACGUGUAUUAAGUUCAUGUAAGUGGAAUAAAAGUUUUAUGAAUGGACUUUUCAACUACUUUCUCUACAGCUUUUCAUGUAAAUUAGUCUUUUGGUUCUGAAACUUCUCUAAAGGAAAUUGUACAUUUUUGGAAAUUGUUCCUUAUUCCCUCUUGGCAGCUAAUGGGCUUUUACCAAGUUUAAAUACAAAGUUUAUCGUAACAAAAUACUACUAAUAUAACUACUGCUGUUCCCGACCGUGUCCCAUAUUCCUCCCCUCCCCUGAAAAAAAAAAUAAGUUUGGUGUUUCGUUUUUUGUUUUGUUUUGUUUUGUUUUUUUCAGAGACGGGGGAUUGAUUGGAAAAAAGUAAUGUGUUCCAUUUAAAAUUUUGGUAUAUGGCAUUUUCUAACUUAGGAAGCCACAAUGUUCUUGGCCCAUCAUGACACUGGGUAGCAUUAACUAAGUUUUGUGCUUCCAAAUCACUUUUGUUUUUAAGAAUUUCUUGAUAUUGUUAUAGCCUGCCUUCAAUUUUGAUCCUUCAUUCUUUCUCCUUGUCAGGUGCACAAGAUUACCUUUUUUAGCCUUCUGUCUUGUCACCAACCAUUCCUACUUGGUGGCCGUGUACUUGGAAAAAAGGCCGCAUGAUCUUUCUGGCUCCACUCAAUGUCUAAGGAUACCUUGCUUCCUUUGCUUGCAUCCCACAAACUAUUUCCCUCAUCCUAUUUACUGCAGCGAAUCUCUCCUUAGUUGAUGAGAUUGUGUUUAUCUCCUUGUAAACCCUACCUAUCCUGAAUGGUCUGUCAUUGUCUGCCUUUAAAAUCCUUACUUUUCCUCUCUUUAAAUAAUGAUGGGGCUAAGUUAUACCCAAAGCUCACCCCCAGACUAUUUCCUCAGUACCUUGCAGAAAACACCAAACAAAAAUACCAUUUUAAAAGAGGUGUAUUUUUUUUUCCUUUUAGAAUGUAAGCUCCUCCAGAGCAGGGACAAUGUUUUCUGUAUGUUCUAUUGUGCCUAGUACACUGUAAAUGCUCAAUAAAUAUUGAUGAUGGGAGGCAGUGAGUCUUGAUGAUAAGGGUGAGAAACGGAAAUCCCAAAUAACUGUUUUGUUGCUUGUUUUAUUAUGACCUCAGAUUAAAUUGGGAAAUACCAGCCCUUUGGCACAGUUGUCCCAAAUACUACAUUCAAAUAAAAGUGCAAUGGAGGCCUUGGGGUCUUUCUUUCAAGGAGAAAAGAUCUCUUAACGCAUUGGGGCAAAAUAAUCAUCUUUGUGGCUCUUUUCUUAUGGAUUUCUCCUGACCCCCAGGCCAAGGACAUGAAGUAAUCAUUUAUAGCUAAGGAACAUUAAGCUAGACUUGAGAUGGAUCUCAUUCAAGUAUAAAUUAUAAAUAAAAUCUAAAGCUUGUCA